GUUGUGAUAAACUUAUUAAAUAGAUUCUUAAAUGGCGACAGCUUGCGGAACUGUUCUCGAAAAUCUUUCCACCAAGAAGUUAUGUGUCCUUGUAUUGGGCUUAUGUGCAGUGGUUGUUCUUUCAUUUGCAAUAGGUUUUGCCUCCCCUAGGCCAGCAAAUGUGCUUCUUACCUUUUUCAAAGCGUGCAACGUAACAGAUGUUGGAACUGAACAAUCGCUUUAUUACCGGCAAAUGAUAUCGAAAUCAAAAAAAGGAAACUGCGAUGAAAUGCAGGAUCUUACACCUCGUAAGGUAGAUUACGGGGAGUCCCUUGACGUGGUAUUCGUGGCUGAGAUUCCGAGGAGUAAUGUGGAAGUGAUGAGCCCUUUCCAUCAGUUCAUCAUUACUCUUGUCGACUUUCAGAUUCAAUACAAGGUGGAUGAUCUCAUCAAGACGGACAAAAUCUGGAUGGACGUGGCUCUGGCUGCGAGGAACGAGGGUGACAACGAGUGGAAAGUGUUGCACAGAAGCACGAUCAAGAGGAGUCUUCUUUGUGAAUAUCCCAUGGCAGCCAAGGAGAACGAGGACCUUCCGGAUGGGUACAACUACGACUGCAUCCCACAAAGUCUAUUCCAAUUGGGAUCAGCUUCUUACCAACACUACUUGAUCAACAUACGCAUUGCAAAGCAAGGAACCAAAAAUAAGAUAGGCCAGUUGCGAGGAAUCUCGAUGCCAGUCAUCUACCAGAACAGAAAGUACACCAAAAUACUAUUCACAAUGAAGACAGUAUUCACUCCAUUUGUGAUUUGUGCCCUUUUGUGGUUCUGGAAACGAGUCAACCAGACCCAAAGACGUCUGGAGUUGAUGGAAAAGGCUAUCUUGUUCGUAGCUGUGAUGUUACUGCAAUUGGACUUCCCCAUAGAUUGGUUUACCGUUCUGACUAAUGCGCCUGUCGUGCUCUUCUUGAGUGACAUCAGGCAGGGAAUCUUCUACGCCGCGCUUUUGAGCUUCUGGCUGGUCUUCACCGGAGAGCAUUUAGUCCAAAAAACUGAAAGGAACAAUUUGAAGAAGUACUGGCGUGAGUUGAGUGCCAUUCUGGUGUGCUGUGUUUCUCUCCUGCUGUUUGACAGUCUGGAGAGGGGAGUGCAGAUUGUGGACCCAUUCUAUACAGUGUGGAGUGGAAGUGACGUCGCUUACCAAGUUGCGAUGGGCCUGGUGCUGAUGGGGGCUGUGAGUGGUACAGUGUAUCUCUGCUUCCUAUUCUAUCUCGUCUUCAAAGUGUUCCAGUCCAUCAAACACAAACAGAGUGAGUACAGCAACUACAUGACGGGGCCUGACGGCGGAGUGAGUGUGAGCAGCACUAGGAAGCAGCACAUUCUGGAGGGAGUCGUGUUCCGAUUCAAGUUCUUCAUGGCACUCACUCUCGCUCUGGCCGCUCUCUCAAUCCUUUUCUUCCUCCUAGUUCAGGCACAGGAGAGUGUGUGGCUGUACUACUUGUCCACUCAGGACUACAGUGUGGAUGCAGUCUUUUCCACUGGGCUGUUUGGCAUGUGGAAUGUCUACAUUGUCGCCCUCCUCUUCCUCUAUGCACCAUCACACAGAAACAAAGAGGACGGUCUCUUCGCAACUGCAGCUAACGUGUUCCAACUGGCACAGGAUGACGAAGAGAAUGAGAGUGAUCUGGAGGACCCCGAGGAUUACGACAAGUUUCACGGUGGGUCUCAUUCUAAGAAACGACAGACUAGGAGCUCGAGACAAGGCCAACCUCAAACCUCAUCUCGCAUGUCGUCCUCAAACAUAGAUGAGGAUGACGACGUCACAUUAGGAGAGGGAGAGAGAGGGUUAGAGAGGAAUUUGGUUGCGUCAGUUGCCACGCCCCAGCAACCCUCUAUUGUCUACACAAUGCUGGGCAAACAGAAUCUGAGAUAGAUAGUUGGCGAUGUAACACACUGGCUAAGAUGUAGAUACAAUUGAUACUUUUGAGCUCCCUGAGAAAAUAUCUGUAGUUUUAAGCUUUUUUCGUCGUUACCUUUCUACAAUAAAAAAAAUAGAGCCAAUUUGGGGUACAAGUUGUUAGUAGAAGUUAAUUUUAUUAGUUGGAGCUUGAAAUUAUUAAUAACUGAAAACAUGAGCUGUACUCAUGGAACUGAUCAGAACUGUAUAUGCCAAAAUAAAAUUUAUGAGUGCGUAAAAAUCGCCCAAGCAAAAAUUUGGUCCGUUGUAGCUAACAUCAAUUUGAUACUAGUAUCACAAUUAGUUUAAUGAUUUUGUUUAAAUUCUGAUAAAAGUUGCUUUCAUUGUAGUUGACUUGCAGAUAAAGCUAAAAUUUUAACCGUGCUUUCUGUUAUCGAAGUCAGAAAUUAUGACCUUGAGCUCUGUUCUAUGAAAACCGAAGUCUUCCUUUUCUAUUUUUUAUAAACUAACUCUCAAACCUCGCAGUGCCAUCACAAUAGUAGCUUUAAAUUGUGUACAGAUACAAAAUUUCUACUUUGUAUUUCGCAUGUUUCCAGUUUGCAAAAACUUUACAUGAAAUGCUUUCUACUGUUGAUCAUUUUAGUUUAGAUGUAAGAUUCUAGUGUUACUGAAGCAAAGUGUUACAAAAAAAAUAAAUUUAAUA